UAUAUAUUCAUGAGAAUAAUUCAGCGAGUGAUUUCUUUCAAAAAAUUUGGGGAACAAAACGAACGCCAUUUAGAGAGAAUUAAGUACCUGAUUAACCAUGACUGUCAAAACAUCCUCCCCGGUUCCGGCCUUCCAAACUCGGAGUACCGACGUUAUCAUCGUCGGCGCUGGACCCGCGGGAUGCAUGGCUGGAGCAACCCUGCAGAGAUAUGGUAUCGACUUUUGUUUGAUCGAUAAGCGUCCAACACGGACACAAACAGGACAUGCAAGUGCUUUCCAACCCCGGACGCAAGAGAUCUUGCAGACACUGGAUCUGCUUCAUAGCCUUGAUGGCAAGGGUCACCGGCUCACUGAGACCUCCUUCUGGAACCAUGAUGAGGCUGGCAACCUAGUUCGGGCCUUUGUAGGCGCCGAAGUAAUUCACCCAACCCCUUAUCAAUACCUAUUCAAUACAGACCAGGGUAUUACCGAAGACACAUUUGAAAAGUAUCUGCUAUCAAAAGGUCAGAAGAUACACCGUUUCAUGGAGCUCCUUCAUUACGAGUACAAUGAAAAUAAUUUCGAAUGGCCCCUUACUGCAUUUAUCAAGAAUAACGCUUCUGGGGCCAUCGAAGCGUGGCUGACAAAAUAUAUACUUGGGUCCGAUGGUGCAAGAAGUGCCACGCGCAAAGCAACAGGGGUGCAGUCAUCUUUUCGGGGCAGCGAAGAUGUCUGGGCGGUCGCAGACGUGUACGUGGAUACAAACUUCCCUGAUUAUAGAAGACGCUGCGCCAUUCGUACCCCACACGGCGGUUGCAUGCUCAUUCCUCGUAAGGAUGAAGGGCUUCGAAUUUUUUUGCAGAUUGGCGAAGGUAGUGAUAGUCAAGGAGCGUCGGAUGAUCAUGCCCCAAACAGUUCUCCAGGUCCCAACCUUCAUGAAUCUGUGCAUGAGAACAGCGCAUAUAAGCUCACUCAGAUUGUCCAAUCACAUAUCCACAAGGUGAUCCAUCCAUACAAAAUGGACGUUACCAAUAUUGUUUGGAUCAGCCGCUAUCUCGUGGGACAGCGAGUAGUCCACCAUUUCCAUGACCCGCGGCAGCAUGUUUUCCUCCUCGGCGAUGCUUGCCACACUCAUAGUCCCAAGGCAGGCCAAGGAAUGAACGUGAGCAUUUCCGACGCAUACAAUCUCACGUGGAAGCUGGCGCUUGUGAUGAAACGCGUUGCAGACCCAAGACUGUUACUCACCUACGAACAGGAACGACUUCAUAUUGCCCAGCAGCUGAUUGAGUUUGACGCCCGUUUUGCGCGUCAGUUCGGUGAAAAAGACAGCUUGAACAGUUCCAACCUCCGCGAUACCUGGGAAGAGGGUCAUGGGUUCACUAGUGGAUGCGGAUAUGAAUAUCCCGCCAGUCUGAUCGUCGAUCCUUUGAUUCGGACGGAGAUUGAUGAUCAAGCACUGGAGCCAUUAAGGCCGGGAAAACGAUUGCUCCCAAUUGAUUUGAUCCGCCAUGUUGACGGGACCCACGUGCGUUUGUUGGACGUCUUGCCAUCCAAUGGCAGAUUUCAUCUGUUUAUCUUUGGAGGAACGCAGAUUCUCUCGCCCCAGAUCAAGUCCUUGGCGGAAUCUCUUAAUUCUCCGCGGUCUCCACUGAGUUUGUUCAACCGGCUGCCGCUGCUUCACAUGGAACGAUUCCGUCAUGAGGAUAUAACCACUGACUCAGUACCCUCGACUAAUAAGAAUUACUUCAUCGACGUAUUUCUGCUUCAUUCGUCUGAUCAUUUGAGCUUGUCUCCGGACGAAUUUCCUCCACCGUUUUCUACUCACUGGCCAAUGCGGGUGUUUAGAGAUGCUGGAGGUGCUGGGCACAAACUAUUAGGCGUUGCUGAGAGUACCGGAGCUUUAGUGGUGGUCCGGCCAGAUGGCUAUAUUGGAUUGGUCACCCACAUGAAUGGUUUGGAGGAUGUGACAACUUAUUUUAAAGGAUUCAUGCUUGGACGUGCCUAAGCACAGAACCCAUGCUUCAAAGUUUCGGCCAGGAACGUAUUUUCGCUAAUAAUUCAACAACAAAUAGCACAUAAAUAUAGGGUUGUUCAAAAUGAGUGGAAACGAGUGCAAUCCGCUUUCCAAGUUCUCAAUGCAACACAACUCCGCCACUGGGUUUAAACGCCGUAUUAUCAACAUACCCAUGCAAUGAAAUGAAGUGCCUAGGGAUAGCAGAACGCCCUAUGUUGUACUGUAUCAGAGGUUGCAAUAUAUCAUGCUCUUCUAUACAAGAACAGAAUUGCUUCUUCUCGGGCCUUCAAAACUAGAGGUGUAUGACCUGGUGAGAGCACGAAGUGGCAUUUCGAGCAUAUCAUUUUCGC